GAUUCUACAUGUAAAAUAAAAUAUUGAAAAAUAGUUUUUGACAAUGACAAUUAGCAUUAAUGUUUUUUUUUCCUAUCAAUGUACAAUCAUGGGUUUCCAAACCACCGGAAACAUGAGGGUCAAGUUAGUGUACAGGGUACUGAUGUGUUGAUUGUUGUGAUAAAAUGAGGACUGGCUACUGCACAAACAAACAGAGGUUAUAACUUAACUAAUGUAGACAUGUGUUCACUUGGGUCGGAUGAUAUAUAUUGAUUUUCCAGUUCAGAAGAGGAAGUUCCAUUAUGCCUAUUCAGUUUUGUAACCACAUACGCUAUAAUCCUAAUGCUGUCCCGUAUGGUAGUGCCAGUCAUUACUAGAAUAUAUGGACAUGCGGUCAUGCAAGAUCCUCUGCAUAUAAUCCUCCAAAUGGCAUGCAUAGCCUUUAUAUUUCUUAACCACGACUCGCGUACACGGGCGCCCUCUAGUGGUUAUAUAAUCUGGACUAUUGCCCUGUGUCGUGCAGUCAGUGCUAGGCUCCGCGCCCAUCGUUGUUGGUGCCAGUUGCACCGUCACUCCGAGGGGACCGUUUGACACCGCGACCUAGGAAGGGGGGCAUGCGCUGUUUUCACUAGAGGGGAUAGCGGACUGCAACUGGCCAGAUGGAGGGUGAUGGUAGACUGUGGACAGCCUUCUAUAGACGGAGAUGUACGGGUCGCUGAGGGGGCCGUCCGGGGGGGGUCCUCGUCAGCCCUCGGCCACGGUGAAGACGAGGCGGAGGAGGCGGUGGGGGGGUUUGAGGCAGAAGUGGAAGAUGCUUGGCCUGUUUCCCAUCGACCCCGAGCACGAGUUCCACGGCCUCACCUGCAUGAUGAAGGACGGUCUGGCCGCCGCCAUCCAGAGCACCGUCGACACCCCGCCUACGAAUAUUACAAGCGAUGAAGAUUUCAAAAUGAAAGACACUCAAAUCCAUAAGGGUUUUACGCUCCAAACGUACGCGGGCCACGUGUUUGCCAGCUUCCGGAGCGCGCUGGGAAUGUCGGAGAGGGAAUACCAGCUGUCUCUGUGCUCGGCCAGCAGCUACCUCCAGUUCAUCAGUAACUCCAAGAGCAAGGCCGACUUCUUCCUCACAAAUGAUAAACGAUUUUUUUUGAAGACCCAAAACAAGAGGGAGAUACGGUUUCUUCUGGACAACCUGAAGAUCUACAUGGAGCACCUGAGAAAAUAUCCCCACUCACUGCUGGUCAAGUUCCUUGGCGUCCACAAGAUCAAAAUUCCACACCAAAAAGAGAAAUACUUUAUCGUCAUGCAAAGUGUUUUCUAUCCAGACGACCGAAUCAUUGCAAGGUACGACAUCAAGGGCUGUGAGGUGAGUCGCUGGACGGACCCCUCUCCCGAGGACCACCAGGUCAUCGCCGUCCUCAAAGACCUCAACUUCCGGGACCAGUACAUCGAACUGGACCAGCAGCGGGCCUGGCUCCUGUGCCAGAUGGAGAUCGACACCCACUUCCUGCGGCAGCUCAACGUGCUGGACUACAGCCUCCUGCUGGCCCACCAGCCGCUGCACCAGGACGAGCGGCCUCGCGGCUCCUUCGGCUCCCUCAUCAUCAGGGCCAAGAGGUCCGUGACGCCGGGCUCCAGCCCCCUGCACCCCGGCCCGGCCCCGGCGGUCCCCGGGGCGGUCCCGGAGGACGGCCCCGCCAACUCCCCGCCCUCCUCCUCCUCCUCCUCCGAGACGGACGGCUACCACGUCAGGAAGUGGGCGGCGGGACGCGGCCGCCAGCGCUCCCGGGCCAGCGACUCUGGGGGGGGGGGCCGGGGGGGCGGCGGCGGCGGGGGGGACUCGACGGAGAUGGACGAGUACCUGGCGCACAACCGCCGGCUGCUGCCCAACUUCAAGAACCCGCUGCACGUGAUCGACGGGCCCGAGCAGCGCUACUUCGUGGGCAUCAUCGACAUCUUCACGGUGUACGGCCUGCGCAAGCGGCUGGAGCACUGGUGGAAGCGACUGCGCUACCCCGGACGCAGCUUCUCCACCGUCAGCCCGCCGGCGUACCGCGCCCGCCUGUGCGACUGGGUCAGGGAGCACAGCAGACGGAUGCAUCUUUUUACUAGUACAAAAACAAAAAAGCCAGAUUAAAAGGACUAUGCUUACUGAAUGACCUA